CUAAAAUCAAUGCUGGCUAGUUUUCAAUAUUGUAUUUCAGGCAUUCAGCUUUCUCCUUAUCUCCCAACUUUGCCGGCGGGACUCUCUGUCAAUGCAAAUUCUGUUACUUCAAGACCUUUUGAUUUUGAACUUUGUGGAUGAAUGAAUGUAUGUACUGUAGGAUAAGAUAAAGAUGCAAAGAAAAGAAUCAGAUGAACGGCCGCCUGAGCUGCCAAUUUCUUGGGUUGAAAUUUCCAAUUCAGUUUCUCGUCAAUACCAAUUUCAACCUGAUGGUAAGCUAUCGGAAAGCAGUUAACGGCGUUGGGUUGGAGUUGGAAAUGAGCGAAAAAAGUUUGGAAGUUGAAUUUUUUUUCUUGUUCAACAGGCACCAAGUAAAUUAUUUUUACCAUUCUCCAAAUAAAAGAAGGUACCAGGUCAAGAUGGUUGAUGACUCAAGACCAGCUGCACAGAGAAUGAUUGAAUCCUUUCUGAAUAAAUUUUUCCCAUCUGGCUAUCCAUAUAGUGUGAAUGAGGGGUAUAUGAGAUACACACAGUUUCGAGCUCUACAACACUUUACGAGUGCAGCAUUAUCGGUUUUGUCGACUCAGUCACUACUAUUUGCUGCAGGCUUGCGUCCUACCGCUGCUCAGGCAACUGCAGUGAGCUGGAUAUUGAGAGAUGGUAUGCAGCAUGUCGGAAAGAUCAUAUGUAGCAACUUAGGUGCAAGGAUGGAUUCUGAGCCUAAACGUUGGAGAAUUUUAGCUGAUGUUCUGUAUGACUUUGGGACUGGUUUGGAAGUUAUGUCUCCUUUAUGCCCGCAUUUAUUUCUUGAAGUAGCCGGCCUUGGCAAUUUAGCAAAGGGAAUGGCAGUUGUUGCAGCUAGAGCAACAAGAUUGCCAAUAUAUUCUUCAUUUGCCAAAGAAGGCAAUCUUAGUGAUCUGUUUGCUAAAGGCGAGGCUAUUUCCACUCUUUUUAAUGUUCUCGGGCUUGGAGCAGGAAUUCACUUGGCAUCCACUAUUUGUUCAUCAAUGCAGGGAAAGUUGGUUGUUGCGCCGUUGCUGUCUGUUAUACACGUUUACAGUGUCUGUGAAGAAAUGCGAGCUGCUCCUGUCAAUACAUUAAAUCCACAGAGAACUGCAAUGAUUGUGGCUGAUUUUGUGAAGACUGGAAAAAUCUCAAGUCCUGCUGACUUAAGAUAUCGAGAAGAUCUCUUAUUUCCUGGAAGGCUGAUAGAGGAUGCUGGUAAGGUAAAAGUGGGAAGGUCCCUGCAUGAAGUAGUUAGGCCUUCAAAGCUGCAACAAUUUAAAGGAACAUUUCCAGAGGAGAAGUUCCUUUUAAAUCAUGGAAGUAGAUGGACUGAUAUGAUACUGGAGCACAAUGCAACCGGCGAAGAUGCAUUGAGGGGUUGGCUGGUUGCUGCUUAUGCUUCUGAUAUGGAACGAUUAGUUAAUGAACCAAGUGCAAAUAUCUUGCAAGAGCCUUAUGACAAAAUGAAUUGCACAUUCUCCCCAUUUUUAGCUGAGUUGCAAGCCAAAGGAUGGCAUACAGACCGAUUUCUUGAUGGUACUGGAAAUCGCUUUGCACUUUAGUUCUGUAAGAUCUCAAAUUCUGUGCUUUGCUAUCCUUUCCUAGUCAUUACAAUACAUGUAGGAGUGGGACAAAAACCUUUCAUCCUCAACCGGUAGAAUUUGAGAAUGCAACUCCACCCUAUACAAAACUUGUAGGAGGUUAACUUUAUUAACGAGAUCACAAAUAAUUGGGUUUUAUUUUUUGAAAGAUGCUUUGAUGCUUUUGAUUGAAGACAUUUCAGCUCAUUUUCUUCUAUGAAGUUAUGUAUAUGAACUCUUCCAUUGGAUUGUGCCUUAAUGCCAUUGAACAUUGAAGAAUUUUUAUUUC